AUGAUAAUUAAUGCAAUUUAUUGCAACUAUUUCUAUCCAUCUCAUUUUUCAUUUCACUUUGGUGCCUUUGCCAGCCUCACCUACCUAAACUUAUCUACUUCUUCCUUCCAAGGUCAAAUUCCUUCACAAAUCUCACACCUUUCCAAAUUAGCCACCCUCGAUCUUUCCUUUAACUUUGAUUUAACGUGGAAAGAAGACAGUUGGAAGAGACUACUCCAAAAUGCAACACAUCUAACAGAGCUUGUUUUGGAUUAUACAGACAUGUCUUCAAUUUCAACCAAGACUCUCAAUUUGUCUUCCUCUUUAGUUACUCUUAGUCUUUCAGGGACUCAGCUAAGAGAAAACUUGACAGACGGUAUCUUUUGUUUACCAAAUCUUCAACACCUCGAUCUUUCAUAUAAUUUGUACCUUAGAAGCCAUCUUCCAAAAGUUAGUUGUAGCACUACUUCUCUUAAUAUCUUAGAUCUUUCACUUUCUCAGUUCCAAGGCUCAAUCCCUCCAUCCUUCUCUAACCUCUCACAUCUUACUUCAUUGGACCUCUCAUGUAACUCUCUUGUCGAUUCAAUCCCAUCCUCACUCCUAACCCUUCCACGUCUCUCUUUUCUCAAUCUCCUUAGUAAUAGUCUUAGUGGUGAAAUCCCAAAUGUCUUUCCACAGGCAAACAAAUUUAAAGAAUUGCAUUUCAAUGGUAACAACUUAGGAGGUGAGCUGCCAUCAACACUUUCAAAUCUUCAACAUCUCACUCUCUUGGAUCUUUCAGUUAAUAAAUUCAGUGGUCAGAUCCCAGACGUGUUUGUCGGGCUAACCAAAUUGAAUGUUCUCUAUCUGUCAUAUAACAAUUUUGAAGGAAAAAUCCCAUCUUCAUUGUUUGGCUUAACUCAACUUUCGGAACUGAAAUUUUCUUAUAAUAAGUUACAAGGCCCUUUGCCCGACAAAAUAUCAGGAUUUUCCAGUCUAGUUAGCUUAUCAUUUGAUAACAACUUGAUGAAUGGGUCAAUUCCUUCAUGGUGUUUAUCCUUGCCAUCUUUGGAGUAUUUGUUUCUAUGGAAAAAUGAAUUCACAGGGCUCGUCUAUGCAAACAUAUCAAAUUCCUUGAUGUAUCUAGAUUUCUCCUACAACAAGUUACAAGGUAAUAUACCAGAAAUAAUUUUCAACCUUGUAAAUCUUACUAAAUUAGAUCUAUCAUCCAACAACUUAAGUGGAUAUAUUCACUUUUCACUUUUCUCUAAGCUUCCAAAUUUGGAAUAUCUUCUCCUUUCCCAGAAUGAUCUGUUAUCCCUAAAUUUUGAAUCUAAUGUCAACUACACUUUUUCCUCGUUACUGAUGUUGGACUUAUCUUCUACAAGUUUAGUUGAAUUUCCAAAAUUAGCAGGAAAAGUACCACUGAAACUGGGUGAGGAAUGGUAUCACUGA